GAAGAAGAUGAGGUGGAGGAGGUGUAUACACAAAGAUUUUUUCCCUCUUCUUCAACAGAAAACAGCUUUGGUACCUACUGAUUUGCUAAAUUUCUGCUUGGUCGUUAAAGUCAAAAACAAAAUAAACAACUGAGAUUCCCUACGGUGGCCGAGAGCAGUCAAACUGCUCCGCUGUAGCAGUAAUGGAGGGGGUGACGGUGGGUCAGGUGUUCGAUGCCGAAUGUAUCCUUAGCAAACGACAGAGGAAGGGAAAGUUCGAGUAUUUGGUAAAAUGGAGCGGCUGGUCCUCCAAACACAACAGCUGGGAACCCGAGGAGAACAUUUUGGACCCCAGGCUGCUGGCAGCAUUUCAUAAGAGGGAACAAGAACGAGAGCUUCUGUUUCAGAAGAAAGGGAAGCGUCCACGAGGACGACCUCGAAAGAUUGUGCCUCCACCCACCUCCACAAAAGACAGCCGCUCCUCAUCUUCCUCAUCCGGCCUCUCGUCGUCGCCCUCCUCAUCCUCUGAGGAAGAGGAGGAUGAUGAUGAUGACGAUGAUGAUCAUGUUAAGAAGGUCAGACCGAGCUCUCGUCUUCACCCGGUCCCUCAGAAGAGGCCGCAGAUCCUUUUGGCCAAACCUGACCCACCCUAUAAGAAGAAGCGUGGGAGGAAACCACUGCACCCGGACCUGAAGGCUUUACGGCAGACGAAGAGUCCAUCUCUUCCUCCUCCUCUUUCUCCUCCUCCUCCUCGCCACCAUCAGCCGAUCAGACUGCCCAGAGACGAUCCACGGCUCGGUGUGAAGAAGCCUCUGCAGCCUGCCAGCUUCACCUACACAGGUCUGAGCAGGAGCUCCAGAGACGAGGGAUCCUCCACCUCCCAGAGCUCCUCCAUCUCCUUCUCUCCGAGUGCCACCUCUAAACCCGGAUCCCUCAACUGCGUCUGGAUCAACCGCUCCCUGUCUACCUCCUCCCACAACAAAGUCAGUCUUUCACACAAGAGCUCUGAACUGAGGCGAUCCAUCUCAGAAACAGGAAGCAGCAGAUCUUCUCUGAAAGCAGGCGGUGCAGCCUCACCUGGUCUCAGCAGCUUUGGGGGAGGUCCAGCAGCACUGCAGCACCCUCAGAUGGGUCAAAGGAGACAGGAAGGAGUGGGGUGUCAUGGAGGCCAUGUUCAACACAAGCAGCAGAACUCCAGUUUCACCAAACCGUCCUCUUCAUCAACAUCUCGAGAGAGAACAAAUCAGGCGUUAAACCUCCGAGCACUCAACCUGCAGAGCGUCAGCAAGACAUCGAACAGCAGCAGCCUGCAAGGGGCCGCGAGCUCACGCACCAGCAGCAUCGUCGGGAAAGGAUCUGCAGCUGGAGCGCAGCGCUCUAGUCUGACAGCAGGGGGAGCUGCAGAAACAGGACGGCUGGGUAGGCAGGAGGAGCGUAAACAUGGGCUGAGCUCUCAGAACCGCAGCCUGAAUGAGCUCAGCACCGGUGACUCUGAUGACACCAGCAGCAGUGAGUCGGAACGUGACCCCUCACUCUUCCCCAGCGACAGUAGACCAAGCCUCGGUGACAACGCCACCGAGUCAGACACAGAAACGGACUGGAGGCCGGCACGGAGCCUUCUGGAGCACGUCUUCGUCACUGACGUCACGGCCAACUUCAUCACGGUGACGGUGAAAGAGUCACCAACCAGCGUGGGGUUUUUCACUUCACGGAACCAUUGACUAUUUAGACUUUCUGCAGCCACUCAGGGUUCCUACAGCAUUGACUAAACACUUAGAAGAUCACAAUAGCACACAUAGUCACAUCAGAAAACACACAGCGACAAGUUCGGAUUUUAAACCCGUUCACACCUGAAGUCAGAACCAACAGGCUGACUGGUUUAUUAAUGAGUCCAGAAGCAUCUGUCAGCUAAAGUACUCAUAAAACUAAUUCUGUUUCAAAUAACAAAUAGUUAAAAAUAUUUGGUUUGUUUUGGAAUCUUAAAACAUUCGGCCUUCUCAUUUUUAGCCACUGGAGGAUUUCUGGUUUUCUCCGAGUGAACAUCAGCUCCAGUAGGUGGCACUAGCAGCAAUAGAAGGAGCAGAAAAGAUGGCAUGAGGAAUCGCUGGUGCAUCCCUCGAAGUUUUAAACUUUGUUCUUGUUAAUCUGAUGAGAGUGGAGAUUUAUAAAUGUAAUUUCCCCCCAUAUGAUUGACUUUUCCUUAUUAGCACAAUCAAAGCAAACCUCUUUCAUUAGACAAGAAUUAAUUUUAUUCUAAUAUAUUUAUAUAUGUUUCUAAAGUUUCAAUCAUUGGUCUUUAAAAUCUUUUAGUCCUGAUCGUCUCUGGAGUUCCUGUCGCACCAGCCAUGGUCUUUGAGGUUUUAGCGGCUUGUUUUAUUUCUGUUACAUUGUGAUUUUAGUUAUACUCACAUUCCUGUUUAAGGCCUGGUUUGGCCCUGUUUAAAAUCCAGAUAGGGUGCUGCUCAAGUCCUGAUCCAAUCCCGUUUUAGUCCUUAUCUGAUCCUGUUUUACUCCUGAUCUUGUCCUGUUGUAGUCUUGUUCCAAUCCCAUUUUAGUCCUGAUCCAAUCCUGUUGUAGUCCUGAUCCCAUCCUGUUUUAUUCCUAAUCCAAUCCUGUUGUAGUCCUGAUCCCAUACUGUUGUAGUCCUGAUCCUAUCCUGUUGUAGUCCUGAUCCAAUCCCGUUUUAGUCCUGAUCCAAUCCCGUUUUAGUGCUGAUCCAAUCCUGUUGUAGUCCUGAUCCUAUCCUGUUGUAGUCCUGAUCCAAUCCCGUUUUAGUCCUGAUCCAAUCCCGUUUUAGUCCUUAUCUGAUCCUGUUUUACUCCUGAUCUUGUCCUGUUGUAGUCUUGUUCCAAUCCCAUUUUAGUCCUGAUCCAAUUCUGUUGUAGUCCUGAUCCCAUACUGUUGUAGUCCUGAUCCUAUCCUGUUGUAGUCCUGAUCCAAUCCCGUUUUAGUGCUGAUCCAAUCCUGUUGUAGUCCGAUCCCAUACUGUUGUAGUCCUGAUCCCGUCCUGUUAUAGCCUUGAUCGCAUCCUGUUUUAGUAUUGAUUCAAAACUGGAUUCUUUUACUAGUUUUAAGAUUUUUAGCCAAGCAACAUUUGCUUACCACAUUGGCAGAUUUAUUUACUCAAAACAAGAAAGUUGGGUCAUAUCUAAGAAUAUUUAUCUUAUUUUAAGUAACACUUUUUUCCUAGAGAUUAUUUUUCUUACUACAGAUAAUACACAAUGUCUAAGUUUUUUUUACUUAGAAAUCAAUGUUUGCAGGUUAAACUUUCUUAAGUUUUCUUGGAGUUUUUGGUUCAACUCUGAAACCAUGCUACUCAUUGUGACUCAAAUAAAUCUGAAGAAACUAGAAAAGUUAGAAAACUGGUUUGUUGGAGCUAAAAUACUGUUUCUGGCUAUCAAACUUUAAUUUUUGAUUUUAAGCGAUCUUAAACAAAAUACCAAAGUUUGGCUCCUUAAAAGAAAAUUAUAAAUACAUUGGUGUCAAAUUAUCAUCUAACAGGUUCCCUACUCAUCUCUCUCUCUCUCUCUCGCUCUCGCUCUCACUCUCUCUCUCUCUCUCUCUCUCUCUCUCUCUCUCUCUCUCUCUCUCUCUCUCUCUCUCUCUCUCUCUCACACACACACACACCUUGCAAGAGAGGAUAAUGUUCCCACCCCAAAAGUUGUGUAGUAAACUUUUUGUUUAUUCCUUUGAAAAACAGUUUUAACGGGAAGCAAAUGAAACAUGAACAUUGGUUUUAUGGGUUCCAAGUUCUUCAGAACCAAAACUCUCCAUGGUUGUGUUUUUCUCAAAAAAAAAAAAAAAAAACCCUGACCAAGGUGAGACACAAAUUAGAAACAGUAUUAAGCAGAUUAUAGUAGAAAUGGUAGUUUGUGCAAUUUUCUUUCUUUUGUUAGGACUCCUGAAUUAUUUUAUGUUCAAACAAAGGUCUUUUGGCUUCUUUGGGCUUUUUCUCAUCAAAUGAUUGUUCUUAUAAAUUCCCCAGUAGUUCAUUUGAAAUGCUCUUUUCAGGACAGAUGUCUUCUUAGACCAAAGUUGGCUUACCUGUGAACUCGUCAGGAUUUACAGCUUAUUGAUGUACUGGUGUUCAGUUAAAUGAAUAAGCUUUCAGCCACAUCUUCAGUUGAACCACUUCCAUCCGUAAUGGAGUUAAAUCUUACAAAGUGUUAUUCUGUCAGAGUUCAGGCUGUAGAAACCAGGUUUAAGCCUUCAGAUGGACGGAACACCUCCUCUCCCGUGCCUCAGGCUCUCUCUGGACUCCUACAACUGGACCUCCACUGCCUCCUCUUCACCUCCUCUGAUGUAAACAUUCAGAACUUUAUCCAGAACCGCAUGUGUGAAACAAAUAUAAGAUUAACAAAGUAUGUUUGUUUAAUCAACCAUCCUGUUUGGGUUCUCGGUUUGGACCAAAGGACGGGUUUGUUCUCGUGUUCUCAUCUCUUGCACUAAGCACAGUACAAAUAUCAGCUGAUGGAGACGUCUCAUCAUCACCUCUACUUGCCAGUUUUGUACCAUUUGAAUACACCAUUGUGUUCUGGAGUUGAAUAUAUGUUAAAUUAUAUUUGUAAAUAUGUUUUUUUCAUAAUGUGAUAUCUGAUAUCUAUCUGGUGCUCAUAUUCCUGAUCCGCCUCAGAUCGUGUGUGCCUCUGCCGUUAGAAGGAUUUGGAAAUAAAGCUGAAGUUAAAAAGGA